AAAAAAAACAUUUUUCCGUUCAUAAAGGAAGAAAAAGUUUUCGAUAUUAAUAAAUCCGAGAGGAGUAUCUGAAGCUGAACCAGACGAACCGCAGCGUCGAUAACCGAACCUUGAGAGCGAGAGAGAGAUUGAGGGAGGUGUUCGUCUUCUUCUUCCCGUCUCCGGCGGCGAAAACCUCAAUCUCAAUCGGAGAAGAGAAGAUAAAUAAGCGAUACGAGAGAUAAAGUUGUGUAACGAUGUCGAAGAAGAAAGCUGCUGGUAGCACCAUGACGCUUAAGGACUUCCAUGGCGGCUCCAUACCAUCUGAUCUCCCUCUCCCUUCCGCUCCUGGAGUGGCUAUUAGAUCUACAUCGAAUCCUGAUUCGUUAGGUUUAUUGUUGUCAUCCUUGUAUCAUGAUUUGACAUCUUCGUUUUUGAUCAUUUUCGUCUGUAGGAUUCCGAAGAUUACUACGGAUCGACCUGUUUUUGAUAGAGCACCUUGGGGAACUUCGAUCGGUCGACCGGAUCAGAGGACAAGGCCGAGUUCGUCUCAUACUAUAAGAAACUUCGAUGAUAAAUCACUGUUUCUGCCUCACACCGCAAAUAUUGGACGCAACUUCAGCGAAGAUGAACGGAAGCCACUGGAUGGCCACUCGGCUCCCCGUAGAAUGGUCAGUGAUGAUGUUUUCCGGGUCGCAAAUAGCCGCUUGGAGGUAAAAGCAGACUCGGUUUUAACUGGAAGACACGGCGGUUGGUCAGCGGCGGCGGCUGGUCCUUUCCCUGGGAAGAUGAGUGAUAUGACUCAUUCUGUGACGGGGGCUGGUAAUGGUGAUAACUCGGUGUCAGGAACUCACUCUAAUGUUUGGACUGCGAGGAAGGAGGUCUCAGUGGCUAACAAUGAGCCGGGACAGUCUCCAUGGACUACACAACCAGCUGUUUCUAAUUUGGUCCAUACAAGUGCGCUUGAGCAAGUGUCUUCAGGGAGAUGGCAGACCAAGCUUUUGGUUCCUUCUCAGAUGGGUUUUGAUGUUGUUAAGCAUUCGGAGAUAGAGAGCAGAGGCUAUAAGACUAAUAGCCAUGUGCUUAAUCAAGGGGAUGAGCCACAUGGUACACAUGUAGAACGGAGCCUGGUCGCUGAAGGUGGGAGAAAAUUCUCCCGUGAGUAUGAAAAAAUCUCUGGUCCAACUUUUCUGGACGUUAAGGAAGCGAAAGUUGUAGCAAACAGCAGCAAAAAGCCUCAUCCAAAUUAUUCUGAAGUUAGGCCUGCUGGACAUUUGGUGCAACCAAGUGGCCCUUCUGAAGUCGUGGAACGACCUAAGCUGAACCUGCUGCCUCGGACAAAACCUAUUGAAAGCGUUGAGAAACCUGCGAAUGAUGGGAAACUGGAAAAUGGUGCUUCAAAUCUUGUUCAACGUGAAGCUGGUUAUGUGACACAGAAAAGUAUGAACAUCUCGAAACCUGGUUUGUCUGCAGAUGACACUUCUAACCAGUCGGUGGAGCGCCCCAAGUUGUAUCUGAAGCCUGUGACACAGUUGCUCGAGCAACCAGAAGUUAAGACUGAAAAGGAAAGAAAUGCGGUUUUUGGCGGUGCCAGACCACGAGAGCUGGUGUUGAAGGAGCGAGGCAUUGAUGAGACCGAGCAUCACAAAUUGGAGCAAUCGUUUGACAGGAUGGUCCUCAAACCCAUAGAAAGAGUUCCAGAGCACACAGUCCAAAGGCCACUGAGUUCUCCUCGUGACCUGAGAACGAGGAAACUCGAGCAAAAGGAAGGACGAGGCGUAAGCGACAUUGCCAGAUCCGAAACCCAGAGGAGAAACUGGCGUGACAAUGACAUGAAGAACACAAGACAGCAGCCGCAGGUUCAGGAGAAGACGAGACAUCCAUCACCAGAGACAUGGCGAAAACCGGUUCCCCAGAAACCGGAAUCACCAGAAGGAACAGGGUUUCGUCCAGGGAAAGCAGCUUCUCCUCUUGAGCUAGCUCAAGCCUACUCUGACCCUAAAUCCGGAACUGGUAGCAACAAAUUUAACAUGAACCGCAACAACCAAACUCAGCAACCGUUCUCUCGGUUGGUAGGAUCGACGACGACGACGCCAAGACAGAUUAAUGGCUACUGAGUCAUUUGUUCAUUUGUUCUUUCUUCGGAUUGGUAUUAGUUCCGACUAAUUGGAAUCUUAAUUUUCUCGAAUACAUCUCAUGAGUUUUGUGGGAUAGUUUAUGUGAUAUGUUUCCCUUAAGAAAGGGGUCGAAUUUCAUAGGCUAAAAUUAUCUUUGGUUAUACAUUUUUCUUUAACCCGUUUGUGAAAAUAUUUGAAACUUCCAGCACAAAUAUGAAUAUAUGGUGAACGC